AGCUGACGCCGCGCCGCGUGACGCGCUGUACGCAUCGAUCCUGCGAUGCUCGCUGUCGCUAGUUACUCUCGCUGAUUCGUGAUGAUGGUUCGACGCAGCGGCAGGUACACCACCUGGCGUGGAUUUAAAGAUUUCGCGCUUGGAAAACCACCGGACGAAGAAAAAGAAAAGCCAAAACCAGAGGACGAUCUAUCGAACCAUGACGAAAUAUUCUUGAAAAGUAUCGUUGAAAGUCCGGAUUUCGGGCGAAAAAGUGAGCCCAUCGAAUCAGAGGAGGACCUGGUCGUAAAACCCGUAUCGUUGGAUAACGUAAACAUAAUACGGUUGCUGAGCGAGUAUCGUGGCACCAACAUAAGAACUAUUGAGCAAGCGGAACUCGCUAUAUUGCUAUCCAGAAUACAUUUUAAGGCUUUAAUAGAUGCUCAUGAUGCAAUAGGUGCCUUGUGGCUUCAAAGAGGAUCGGGCAUUGAAGAACCACCUGCUAAACAAGACAAAGACACUGCAGAAGGUGCGGAAACUAGCCCGGAGGAAAACGGAGACAUGCCUGUGGAGACAGUCAAAGUUGUAGGCCUUAGGAAAGUGCCUGGACAACCUUUAGGGUUAACGGUCACAACAGAUGAGCAUGGCCAACUCAUAGUAGCUAGAAUAUUAGCCGGCAGUGCCGCAGCCAAGCAAGCCUUACUCUCCAUAGGAGAUGUCCUGCUAGAAGUAGAUGGAGUACAAGUAGAUACUGAAGAGCAGCUCAAAGAAGCAGUGUCCAAGCCUAACGAUAGAGUCACCUUAAAAGUGGGGCCUAACCUCAAGGAGAAAAGUUCCCAGUUAACGAAUAAGCUUACUUGCUACAUGAGAGCUCUGUUUGAGUACAAUCCGAAGGAGGACACACUAUUACCAUGUAAAGAAAUUGGAUUGGAAUUCAAAAAGGGUGAUAUUUUACAGGUGUCAGACAGAAAAGACCCCAACUGGUGGCAAGCGAGCCAUGUAGAAAACCCAGAUGUAGUAGGCCUAAUACCCUCACCGGAAUUGGAAGAAAGAAGAAAAGCGUACGUGCCGCCUGAAGCAGACUUCGUUCAUAAAAUUAGCAUAUGUGGAGCUAGAAUAUCUAAAAAGAAGAAAAAGUUCGUAUACGAGUCCCGCUCAAGCGUGCAGCUGGAAGGCGCGGAAUUAGCGCUAUAUGAAGAAGUAGCGCGUACUCCGCCGUUCCUGCGGCGGGUGUUAGCGCUCGUGGGCACGCGCGGCGUGGGCCGGCGCACGCUCAAGAACCGCAUGAUCCAUGAACACCCCGACCGCUUCGGAGCCGUUGUACCACAUACCUCCCGUCCGCCCCGACCGCUAGAAGAGAACGGCACGUCAUACUGGUUCGUGUCGCGCGAGGAGAUGGAGCGGGACGCGCACGCGGGCCGCUUCCUCGAGUACGGGGAGCAUAAUGGGCACCUUUACGGCACCCACUUGGAUUCCAUCAGAGCUGUUAUUAAGGAGGGCAAGAUGUGCAUCCUGGACUGCGCGCCGGCGUCGCUCAAGCUGCUGCACAACAGCAGCGAGUUCCUGCCCUACGUGGUGCUGGUGGCCGCGCCUGGCAUCGAGCAGCUAAGGAACCUCACCUUCGCCUCCAACCGCAAUCUGACGUUCGACCGGCAGAGCUCCAUUCGCUUUAGCUCGCGCCGCGCGCGCACGCUAGAGUCCCUCGCUUCGCUAUACGAGGAAGAAGACAUGAAGCAAACUCUAGAAGAGAGCGCCCGGAUACAGCGCAUGAACGAGAAAUACAUCGACCUGGUGAUCACCAAUCACAACAACGACACCACCUACUCGCGCAUCAUGGACGCGCUGCACGCGCUCUCUACUGACCACCAGUGGGUGCCCGUUAGCUGGAUAUACUAACACUAACACACUACCCUCUACGAUC